AUGGGUCAGAUGGACCCUCGACAACCCCGUGUUGCUGCCUGUACGAGUACAGGUCAGGCUGGCCAGACCAGCAGACAGACGACCACAAAGAGCAUCCUCGCCGCAGACCCCAUUCCACCGAGAUCAUAUAAUUUCCGCUGGAACAUCGCUGGUCUCCUGAAUCGCCGAUUCAACCUCAGCAAGCCCGACUAUGAUUUUCCUCUUCACAUCAAAACCUCGAGCACAGGCGAACACUUCAAAAUCAGCGCGCUUCAGAUUUUCCCCGAGGCCAUGCUACCCGGUCCGGAAGUGCUGUUUCAUCUGGUCUUCCAACCAAAGGUCGCGCCCAACGAAACUUACCUUUUCGCGAUUCGGGAUCCAGACGACACCCUAAGACUAAGUCUCUCCUUUGUUAAGGUAGUCGAAUUUCAGGAUUCUGUGUGGAUUGGGGAUACAUUUUUUCCAUAG